GGCCGGUUUGAUUGAAGUCUCUUUGUCGUGCUGAUGUCACAGCGAGUGAUGGAUUAGGCGUGUGCGUCAAAACAGACGUGCACGCGCAAGCUCCACUCCUGAACCGAGGGGUCCCGUUCCCUCCCCUACACACACACAUACACACAAGUGUCACCGCUGCCGUGACCGGCUGACAAACUUCUGGCCUCCGGUCACCACAGACGAUGUGACGACGAGCCACGUGAUCCAGAGAGCUGGUUAUUCUGAAGUGCCACCAUUCCUCCUGUCUGCAUGGACAACAUGAACUCCUUUGUGGAAUACCCCAUUUAUAACCGCCCGGACACCGGCGCUUAUUCUACGCCCAAAUCCGGAUACCACCAUCAGCAUCAUGCGCAUCAUCCUCUGGACCAGCAUCAGAGCUUCCCGGUGACCUCCUUUCACACGGGACCCCCGGGCUCCUCGUCUCCCGUUAACGGGACGAGAAGUGACAGCACAAAUUACACCGGGGACAGGCGGUUGUAUGGGGCUACCGCAGCGGGCACGGGCGGUGGAGGAGUGCACGGGACCACAGGGCUGAGCCAGCAUCAUCAGCAACAUCCACAUCAUCACCAUGAGCACCAACAGCAUGAACAGACGCACAACAGCUACCAUCAUCAUCCUAACCUUCAGCAAACCCAAAGCUUACAAAGUGGAAUUUUGCAUUCAUAUAAUAACGGGAAUAACGGCAACACUGUGGCCUACACGAGCCAGACCUGUUCUGCAAGCUCGGAGUAUGUCGCCACAACGGGCCCUUCCAACACUGUUCACCCUCAGUAUUUUAUGGAGGAGCCUGUGGCCUCUACCUACUAUCAUCAAUCAUCCUUCCCCAGCACGGCCCCCACUAUCGGUCCCAGCUAUGGGGCCCUGCCCGGGGCCUACUGCGGGCCUCAUGGCGCUCUGACAGGGUCACAGUACCCGCAGCAGCUCGGAGGUGGUCUGGACGCAGGCUACCUGGGGCUUCCUCUCAGGGGAGGUUACGGGGAGCUGCCGAUCUCUGAGGACCGAGGGAGGGGUGAUGAGGACGGCCAGCAGGCCGGGCAGGGACAGACCUUCGACUGGAUGAAAGUGAAGAGGAACCCGCCUAAGACAGUCAAAGUGUCGGACUUCGGCCUUGUGGGUGCCCACAACAACGCCAUACGCACGAACUUCAGCACGCGGCAGCUGACGGAGUUGGAAAAGGAGUUCCACUUUAGCAAGUACCUGACGCGGGCGCGGCGCGUGGAGAUCGCUGCCACGCUCGAGCUCAAUGAGACACAGGUGAAGAUCUGGUUCCAGAACAGGCGUAUGAAGCAGAAGAAGCGCGAGCGGGAGGGCGCAUCCGCCACGGCGCGCUCCUCUUCCUCCUCCUCCUCCGGUACCGGCGGUGGAUUUAACAAGGACCUGGAGGACACCGACCACUCCUCCGCGUCCACAUCUCCAGGCGCGUCCCCCAGCUCGGAAACGUAGUGAGAGGCAGGGAUUUGAUUAGUGACCUACAGUCUUCUACUACUGAGUGACCCACUAUUUAAUGCAAUUUACCGAAUGUACUAAACCAUAAAUGAAUUAUAUUCCUCCAAUAACCAGCCUGCCUCAUCUACUUCAGCGUUAGGCUACUGAUCUCCUACAUGUCCCAGAAUUCAUUCUGACAACCCUUCAUUUGGACUUUUUUAUUUCCUAGAUUUCCAUCGAAACAGAAAAAAAAAACUGUUGCACCCUGCUACCUUAAUAAAAGCCACUUGUUCUGGACUAUCUUCUGCUUUUGUGGUUGUCAAAAUUAUUACAAAGAAGCACUACAGCUGGAUUUAGACAGUUAGACCACCACAGCUGAUGUUUUUGACAGCAGGAACUGCUAAUGUGUCAUAAAUAUACAGGACCUAAGGUAGGCCAAC